AUGUCUCUCGCCUAUUGCAAUAUAGGAGGAGUGAUUUCCCCCGAUAUUGCAAACUUUUCAAAGCUUCAGACCUUGAGUCUCCUCGGGAACAAUCUACAUGGAGGCAUACCAUCCUCCUUUGACAGCCUUUCGUCCCUUGCAACUCUAUACCUGUCAGAUAACAAUUUGGAAGGCAACAUACCGUCCUCUUUUCACAACCUUUCGUCCCUUGUAAUUCUGGACCUUGGUAACAACCGACUAACUGGUCAGAUUCCUCCGUCUUUGUGUCAGCUUCCAGCAUUAGUCGAGCUUUGGCUAUACCAUAAUCAGCUGUCAGGAACAAUUCCAGAUUCAAUUUCAAAGCUGGCCAGUUUACAACGAUUGCCACUUUCUUCCAACAGAUUAACAGGCAACGUUUCCCUACAGCUAUUCGACAAUCUAACUCGGCUUCAAGAAUUGGGUCUUUCCGGAAAUCGGCUUCAUAUUAACAUAUCUCCAAGCUGGGUUCCUCAAUUUUCCAACCUGAAGUUCAUUGGAUUGGGAUUUUGCAAUAUAAAAGGUUCUUUACCACGCGAGGUAUUUCAUGGUUUUUUAGUUGUGGAUUUGCAUGCAAAUAGAUUUUAUGAUACUCUUCCAGAUCUUGAUUUUGAUGGAGAUAUGUUAGUCCUGUUAGAUAACGAGUUUAAUGGUUCUAUUCCUGCAACAAUUGGCACAUUAUCCUAUCUAUCAUUGUCAGGGAACAAUCUCACUGGAGAAAUUCCAAGUUCUACAUGUACCGAUUCAAGUGGAUUGAUGAUUUUGGACUUGUCAAAGAACAAGCUUACAGGUAUGAUUCCUUCAAAUAUUGGACGACGUUCCAAUUUAUUAGUUUUACAAUUGGCUCAAAAUGUUUUGGAAGGAAAAAUCCCAGAGGAGUUGGGGAAUCUGCAAACUGUUUACACACUAAAUCUUGAAGGCAACAGGUUGGGAGGAACCCCCUGGAAACGGCCGUUCGCAACAGGGAAACGUGUUUCGGCCGUUGAAACACGAAACGACUCUUCCCCGUCGCGUUUCUGGCAACUAAGAUUGCAAAUUGUAGGUCUCUCCAAGUAUUUAAGUUGGGAAAUAAUAGAUUUGAAGGUGCUGGAUCAAGUUAAGGAAGAUGAAAAUAUAGUUCAACCAGAGUAUGAAACCCUGAAGGAUAGAUCUAUUCAAGCCCCAUAUUGGUUAGAGCCAUAG